AGGGAAAUGGUUCUUUGAUAACCCUCCUGUACAGACAGAAAACAAUCAGGAACAGUAAAAAAAUGGUAGAAUUGGAAGAAUGAAUUGGAAGAAAAUGGUAGGAAUUGUAGAAUUCCUUAUGGGACCCUACAUAUUUGGACUGUGAUGAGAAAGACCCCGACUACAGCAGCAUGAGGUUUCUAAGGCAGCACUGUUCAUCUCAUUCUCAUCUUGUCUUUUCAAGAGGUGGUUUCAACUUCAUUUCUUAUGAAGAUACCUAAGGAAAAAAGGAGAAGGGCUUCAGGGCAGCUGUUCAUGUCUAUAAUAGGGAGUCCAUCUUCAUAGGAUGCUUAACUGAAAGGGUUAAACCAAGGCCCAAUGACUGAAGAAAACCAACAAGGGCUGGGAAGAGAAAGGAUUGAGACAGAUACCUAUACAAGAUAUUUUUGACCCUCUCCGCCUCAUUCUCUGAAGAUACAUUUUGAUAUCACCUCUGUCUCCUAGCAUAAUCAUGUUUCAAGGCUUUAAUAGAAGUUGUGAUUGCACAAAAUAUAAAUAUAGACCUAACAGAAGAAGCCUCCUAUCAUCCCCGAGGAAUGCCCCUGAGGAAGUCAGCUGAUCACCAAGCCCAGACUAAAGAUGACAGAGAUCAAUUGCUGCACAGAAAAAGAAACAUGAAGGCCCUCUUGAGUUGGGGCUUGAUUGCAACCAUCUUUGUUCUCACUUCUGCUCGGCGUUUUGACAGUGCAAAGGUGUUUCGUGCGAAGCCGCAUAAUGAACAGGAAGUGAGCUUCAUGAAGCACUUGUUCAGCACCAUGCAGCUCCACUUGUGGUUUCCAGACUCAGCAUUGCAUAUUGUCAGCCAGAGGGUAGUGGAUUUCCAUGUCAGUGCUGAUCAAUCCAAAACUGUCCAGACUCUCAUGGAGCAGAAUUCAAUACAGUAUGAAAUUUUAUUUCAAAACCUUCAAGAUGACAUUGAAAAACAGCUUGACAAUGGCAGGAAUUCUACUGACCAACACAGUUAUACAAAAUAUAAUGAAUGGCACAAGAUCUCUGCAUGGACUGCCAGAAUUGCAGAAGAGAAUCCAAAACUGGUUUCCCGCAUCCAGAUUGGAAACACGUUUGAAAAACGACCCAUUUACCUCCUUAAGGUUGGGAAAGGAAAGGACAGUACAAAGGCCAUCUUCAUUGACUGUGGGGUGCAUGCACGUGAAUGGAUUUCCCCUGCCUUCUGCCAGUGGUUUCUGAAAGAGGCCACCAGGACAUAUGGAAAGAACCAAAAUAUGACAAAUAUGCUGGAUAACCUGAACUUUUAUAUCCUUCCUCUAGCCAAUGUAGAUGGCUAUAUCUGGAGUUGGACUCAGGAUCGUUUGUGGAGGAAGAAUCGUUCCAAUACAUCCCAAAGUGACUGUGUCGGUGUUGACAUCAACAGGAAUUUUGACAUUGCCUGGGGCACUAUUGAUGCUUCUAGUGAUCCAUGUGAAGAAAUAUAUUGUGGAACUUCAGCAGAGUCUGAACAAGAAACGAAAGCAAUUACAGCUUUCAUUCGCAGUCAUCUGUCUUCAAUCAAAGCCUACGUGUCAAUACAUUCCUACUCACAGAUGCUGUUGUACCCUUAUGGCUAUAGAUUUGAGAAGACCCCAAACCAUGAUGAACUGAAUGAAAUUGCAAAGGGAGCAGCCGAAGCUAUAUCCAGCCUGUAUGGUACGGAAUAUACCUAUGGGGCAUCAGCGGUUACAAUCUAUCCUAGCUCUGGUUGUUCCGAUGACUGGGCAUACAAUCAGGGCAUCAAGUAUUCCUUCACUUUUGAACUUCGAGAUAAAGGCAAAUAUGGGUUCCUCCUCCCUGAACAUCAGAUCAAACCAACUUGUGAAGAGAUCAUGCUGGCAGUCAAGUAUCUUGCCAAUUAUAUCCUCAGCCACACUUCAUAAUUUGAACGAGCACUUUCAGAUAUAUUGCAGAGGCUUGGAAAGCAAUAAACCAUGAUGUGUUUACAGAGGAAGAACUCAGUGUGUUAAGACAGUAUUGUUGUUUUAUAAGGAGAAAGAAUUGUUGGAGUAUGUGGUCUGGGCACAGGAUAUUUAAUCCUCUUCCAGUUUUAAGCAUAAUGGCAGCCACGCAGAAAUCCACUAGUUAAUAUCACAUUCCAUUUUGUUAAAGUUUUAGGGAGCAAAAUGUCUAAUAGAAUUUUUGCAGGGAGUCUUUGGUCAAUAUGUCUAUUCUAAGUCUAUGGGUCAAUGAAAUG